CAGCCAUAGUGUCCGAAUCAUAGUUCAUACGCAGAAGAUUUGGGAACUACAAAAAGUCCCCAACAUGUCGAGACGUAGCAUCAAUUCACCUCACCUCACCCCUUUGACAUAGUGCUCGCCAUGGCCCUACAGUAUUUUCCGGAGGUUUCCACGUUCCACGGAACCCCUGAUGAAGGAUCACUCACCGAAGAGCAAACAAUCCCCGCAUCUCUUCGUGACACGUCUUCUUUAACGAGAGUACUUUGUUUUUUGGCACUCGGACGCCCUGAUCUUGAAGAUCACUGGGAGUCACUGCAAUCCAAAGAAGGAUUUGAGGACGUGAGGAAAAAACUGUGCUCCAUCCUGUCCAACACUAUCUCCGUAGCUAGCCUGCUUCUCGCGACAAAUGCUGUUUUCGUGUCCACAGGUUCUCUUGUGUCUUACUUUAACUAUUCCUCACCUGCAACCUAUUUCCUGCUCUUUAUGUCACUCAUGCUGGCCAUGAUUGCAGUGAUGACAUCUGGUUUGAGCAUGAUUCGCUGGAUACACACUGAUCGGCAGUGGACUCGAGAACAACUUAGGAUAGGCGGCUGCUUCCUCUUUCCCUACCUGUUAUCGAUCAUCAUGCCCAUAUUAUUUGUUGGCCUCUCCCUGAAUUGUUUCAUAUUCGCGAUGUUGAUAUCAGGCUUUAACUUGCAAAAUACUGUCUGCCGCGUCAUCACUGCGCUCUGGCUAGUCAUGUACGCCAUCUGCAUUGGGGCAACAUUGACGGAAUUCGCGUGGAGGUAUGCGAAAGGCCUCAAAUCACAAUGAUCCAGACACCAUUGGGAGUUUCUACCCUUAUUUUUUCGCCUUUUUCCUGUUGGAAUCUUUAGCGCUUGUAUGGAUGUACCAUAAAUUACAGCCCAAUAACGGGGUGGACGACACUCCGGUGGGUAUUGCGUGCUUGGUUGUAACAGUAGUGAAGUAGUAUUUAGUUACAUUUACUUCACAUAUACCAGUACCAUCGGCGUGAGAGCAAUUGAUAUCAAUUCUUUCUCGCUUCUGUCUGUCUCUGUGAGCACCCUUCGAAACACUCGUGAGUCUAUCAACGUGAACUUGAUGAAAUCACAGGAGACGGGUCAAAGUUGGACUCU